AAGUUCUAUUUUAUAUUAAAUUUUUUUAAUUAAACAUUAUCACUGCAAUUUACACAAAAAUAAACAAAUUAUCGUUAAGUACAACAAAACACAAAAUUAAAGAUUAAACCGACGUCUUCCAUUUUAAAAAAAACAACAAAAUGAUGAACAUCGCAGCCAACACAUUACGCCAGACUAUUAACAAAAAGUUUACUGUGCAACAAGUGAGACACCUUAAUUUAUUGGAAUUCCAAAGUAAAGAUUUAUUACAAAAAUACAAUGUGGCCAUUCAGAAAUUCAAAGUGUUGGAUAACUCUAGCAAAGAUGUUGAGGUCUUAAAACAAUUUGAAUGUCCCGAAUAUGUUGUUAAGGCUCAAAUCUUGGCUGGUGGCCGUGGAAAGGGUGUCUUCGACAACGGUUUCAAAGGUGGUGUGCACAUAACCACAAAAAAAGAUGAUGUUCUAUCAUUGAGCAAAAAAAUGAUUGGCAAUCGACUAAUUACCAAACAAACUCCCAAAUCUGGUAUUAUGGUCAAGAAAGUUAUGGUUGCUCGCAGUGUCAACAUUGUACGUGAAACUUAUCUUUGUAUUCUCUUAGAUCGUGAACACAAUGGUCCCGUAUUGAUUGCUUCACCAGCAGGUGGUGUUGAUAUUGAAGCUGUUGCAGAAGAGACUCCUGAAAAAAUUAAAACCAUUCCCUUAAACAUUGACAAACCCAUACCACAUGAAACUUUAGUAGAAGUUGCUAAAUUCUUGGAAUUCAAAGGUGAUACCAUUGAGACCUGUGCUCAAGAGAUACAAAAACUAUUCGAUCUUUUCAAAGCGGUAGAUGCAGUACAAAUUGAAAUUAAUCCUUUGGCUGAAACGGAUAAGGGUGAAGUUAUCUCGGUAGAUGCUAAACUUAAUUUUGACGAUAAUGCUCAGUAUAGACAAAAGGAAAUCUUUGCCAUGGAUAUUAGUGAAGAAGAGGCAGAUCCCCGUGAAGUUGAGGCGGAAAAACAUAAUUUGAAUUAUGUUGCCAUGGAUGGUAAUAUUGGUUGUUUGGUAAAUGGUGCUGGUUUAGCCAUGGCCACUAUGGAUAUUAUCAAAUUGAAUGGUGGUGAACCAGCCAACUUCUUAGAUGUAGGUGGUGGUGUUAAGGAAGAUCAAGUACUCAAGGCUUUUGAAAUCCUUACCUCCGAUCCCAAAGUGAAGGGUAUUUUAGUUAAUGUAUUUGGUGGUAUUGUUAAUUGUGCCACCAUUGCCAAUGGUGUGGUAGCUGCCUCGAAAAAACUUAGUCUUAAUGUACCACUUGUGGUACGCCUAGAAGGUACAAAUGUUGAGGAAGCUCGCAAGAUUUUACAAAAUUCCGGUUUGCCCAUACAAACCGCAGCAGAUUUAGAUGAUGCUGCCCAAAAAGCAGUGGCAGCUUUAAACUAGAUUUUAAGUUGAAAAAUGUUAACUAAAUUUAAGUUUUAGAUUUUUGACCACCACCCUCCCAAUACGUAUAUACAUUUUAAAAGUGUUCCGUAGUUCUAUUAAAAUAACAAAUUUUAUUGUUCCAGA